UUCAGAAGUAAAAUUUAAGCAAGUUUGCCUCCUCGCCGGAGCAAGAGCGCACCGUCGCACGCCAUGUGGGGAUUGCUAAGGCGGAGGGGCCCCUCCGGAUUCUCGGCGUCGUCCACCGCCGAGGAGGUCACAGCCGGCAUCGACGGCUCCGGCCUCGUCGCCGUCGUCACCGGCCUGAAUUGCUGUCGGGGCAUCACUGCUGAUUGGGGAUUGGUUCUUGCAGGUGCCUCCAGUGGGAUUGGUGCUGAAACAUGCCGGGUUCUCGCGAUGCGGGGUGUGCAUGUUGUGAUGGGGGUCAGGAACUCAUCUGCCGGUGCGCGUGUGAGGGAUGAGAUCGUCGAACAAAGCCCGGCUGCAAAGGUUGAGAUGCUGGAUCUUGACCUUAGCUCGAUGUCGUCGGUAAGGAGAUUUGAGGAGAGUUUCAAUGCACUGAAUCUUCCUCUGAACAUUCUGAUUAAUAAUGCAGGGAUUGCAUUUGUACCCUUUAAGCUUUCAGAGGAUGGCAUUGAGCUGCAUUUUUCAACAAAUCACCUUGGACAUUUUCUACUGACCAAUCUUUUACUUGAGAAGAUGAAAGUUACAGCUAUAGAAAGUGGUAUAGAAGGAAGGGUUGUGAUAGUUGCCUCUGACAGCUACAAGCAUCCUUACCGAGAGGGGAUUCGUUUUGAUAAGAUCAAUGAUGAAUCUGGGUAUAACAAAUUCCUGGCUUACGGCCAAUCCAAGCUUGCCAACAUAUUGCAUUCCAAUUUACUAUCUAGCAUCCUGAAGGAACAAGAUGCAAAAGUAACAGUCAACUCUCUGCAUCCAGGAGGUGUUGUCACCAACAUUAUGCGUCACAUGGCGUUCAUAAAUGGUAUGUUAUCCACAGCUGGUAAAUUUUUUGUUAAAGGUGUUGAACAGGGUGCAGCCACAGUGUGCUAUGUGGCGUUGCAUCCUCAGGUUGCUGGAGUCACUGGCAAAUUCUUUGUUGACUGCGAUAUCACUGAAUUAAAAUCUCAUGCGCUCGACAUGGACCUUGCCAAAAGAUUGUGGGAUUUCAGUCUCAACCUGAUACACUCAUAGAAACUAUAUCAAGUGGAAUGUGUAGUUAAGAAGCAAAAGUGAUAAGAACUUCAUAUGGAGUAUAUCUGUACAAACAAAUUGAGAAAUGGGGGCACGGUUUGUAGUAGAUGUGAUAUUUAUCCAGUUGUACAGUUGGUGUGAUGUGAAAUUGCUGGAAAGACAGCCAGAAACAGCUUGAAUAAAUUAAUUGGAUGCAUUUAUUCACCUGUUUGGUGUAUUGUAGCAUGGUCUGACAUUACUUAAG